UAUUCAUGAAAUGUGAAUCACGAGUCGGUUGUUAUUCCUUUCGUGAAAGUGGGUGUCUGCUAAACUUUUCUUUGAUGUAUAAGCUUUCUUAACUGAAAUACUAUAUGUAUAAUCAAGGAAACGUAACGAAAGAUAAAAGCUUCAAAGAAAACAAUGGAAAUGAUUACUACACUACUUUACUUCUAAGAAAUUCGGUUGUAUUUACACCUUAACCAAACUUGAUCUUUAUGAUCUUCGCUUUAUGUAUUUAUGAUCAAUAGUUAACUAAGAACACCUAUCAACAAUUCGCUAGAAUAAUCUACAAACGUUAUUCUAGAUCUGAAUAUUCAUAUAUGCACGCAUAUUGUGACAUAUUCAAAAAUAACCUCCAUUUGCGUGCGUAACACUCAAGAAUGACAUCGUCAUUGUAGCAUAGAAAACUAAGAAUAAAUGAAAUGAAAUAUAAAUGAAAUUCAAUAAAUGAACGGAAAAAGCAUUGUAUAUACUUCAUCGAGAAGGUAUGAAUUAUAAUGGAUACGGAACAACAUUUUUCAUAAUUGGGUACAUUAAAACAGAAUGAGUUAAUAUUAGACAGAACUUAAUAAGCAUAAGGUUUCUAACAGUGUUAAAGAGUCAUUGUAGAAUGCCUACAAUAGCCAGUUCAUCUUUAACGUACGAAAUUCUUAUGUAUCUAAACUCUUUUUAUUUUGGUAUGUUUGCUAUAUGUGAACUGGGUAUGGGCUUUUUUAAAGCUGCGAAUCUACCCUCACCUGGCACAAAUACAACAUUGGCAGAGUUUGCGCUUUUGUCCUUACUUAUAAUCACAGAAGGAGCCAGAAUUCAUUUUGGAAGGAAAGGGAAUUUGACAGAACAUGGACUACCAAUUCUCAUCGGAGUUAUUUUAACUGUACCCAGCUCCUUGGCAACGUUAUACUUUCUAAUUUGGCAAAAUUAUGUGCUCAGACUAGAAGUGAUUCUUUGUAGCAUACAAUUGGUACUUCUAGCAUCUGAGUUAAUCAUUUCUAUCUUGUGUCUCGUUGCUAUUUACAAACCUUCGUCCCCAGACGAAUAAACAACCUCAUUAGUACUUAAGAGUUUUAAUUGAUUGCAUCAUAUUGUAUGUUUCUGGACAUUAAUAAAAAUUAAAAAUGAUCUAAUCUA